CACAGGCGGCAUUUAUAAACAACAAAGCAACAUAAGCUCAGCCGGCCGUGCUGAAAUUUCCGAUAAAUUAAAUAAAUAACUUGAAAGCAACAACUUAUUUUGAUAAUUGAAUAAAAUUUAUAACUGUGCGAGUACUUAUAAAUCAAUAUAAUCACAGAUAUGGCAGAUCCACGCAUAAGGCAGUUAGUUAUAAAAACGGGUGUUGUCAAGCGCCUGGCAAAGGAGAAGACCGUUUACGAGAAGGAAGUUAAGACAGAGUUUGUUCGUCUCGAGAAAUUCAAAACCGACGGCGCUGACGAACAUGUAAUACGCAAACAGGAAGAGGUGAUACAGGAAUGCCAGAUGAUGAUACCAGACUCAAAGCGAAGACUGCAAAAGGAGUUCGAAGUGUUGCAAAAAUAUUUGCAGGAUGAGCAGGAUCUCAAAGAAACCGAAGCAUACACAAAGGCAGCCGAGAUGCUAAGCGAAGCAGAAGCUGUUCUGAAAUCAUAGGACAACAGCUGGUACAAUG